UUUAUGGUUAAAAGAACUGGAAUUUGAGAUGAAGAAAUUAAUUUGGGUUCGAUUUUUAUAAGUGAACUCCCGAAUGCAUGAAUUCCAUAUAAGAAACUGCACUCCGAAAUGAGAUUAAGACUAGACAAAGUCUAAGAUACCCUCGAUUGUCACCUUAUCAGAAAAAUCUCAUGUAGUUCCAAAAUUGUUGCUUUUCUUAAAGAAGGAGAAAACCGUGGAAUGAAAUAUGUUAAUUACACUAUGGGGUUUUUUGCUUAAAUUUGUUCAAAUGAGAUUCUGUAGUUGCUAAUGAGCAAGAGUUAGGCUUAGAUAACUUUAUUUAGUGUAGUUUUUGUUCCGGCAAUGAUUGUUGUUUAGGCUUUUGUCAUUCUCAGUUUUUUUCUCUUGGCACUAGCUUUCCAUGCCAAUUCCAAGCUCCAAUUCUUUAUUUUUGUUUCAAAAUAUAUGUCCUCUCAAUGCGCAUAUAUGGACAUGAAAAAUAUGAUUCGUAUUUGAUACUCAUGUUUAAAUUUCUCCUCCUGCAUCAGUCACUUGGCACCCCAAGCUUUCUUCAGUGACUACUCAUACUAAACUACUGAAGCAGCAGAGAUUAUUGUUUAGCUUCUGUUCUCUUGUUAUGGAGUUCUCACUCUUUGUGCUAGAGAUGUGUUUCACAAUUAUAGCAUUACUAUGUUAUCCAGUGUGUCUACAGGGGAAUCCAAAUGCAUCCCCGUUCCCCAGUAAUUUUCUGUUCGGAACAGCCUCUUCAUCUUAUCAGUUUGAAGGAGCAUUCUUGAGUGAUGGCAAAGGCCUAAACAAUUGGGAUGCUUUCACUCACAAGCCUGGCAAUAUUCUGGAUGGAAGCAAUGGAGAUAUAGCUGUUGACCAUUACCAUCUAUAUCAGGAAGAUUUGGAUUUGAUGCAAGACAUUGGGGUCAACAGCUAUCGCUUCUCCAUUUCAUGGGCAAGAAUCCUUCCUAAGGGAAGAUUUGGAAGUGUUAAUAAAGCUGGCAUCCAUCACUAUAACAAGCUCAUAAACACUCUUCUCCUUAAAGGUCUCUCUCUAGUUCCCCUUUAUGUUACUCAGGUAUCUCCCAUGUAUUCGGAGGAUCUUUUAACUUUUUGUGUCACAGGGAUCCAACCCUUUGUGUCAUUGACUCAUUACGACAUUCCUCAAGAACUUGAAAAUAGAUAUGGGGCAUGGUUAAGUUCCCAAGUACAGGAAGACUUUAAGUACCAUGCAGAUAUAUGCUUCAAAUAUUUUGGAGACAGGGUGAAGUAUUGGACUACCUUCAAUGAACCUAAUGUUGCAGUAAUAAGGGGCUAUAGAUCAGGGAUUUACCCACCUUCUCGUUGUUCAAGCUCAUUUGGGAAUUGCAGUAACGGGGAUUCUGAAAAAGAGCCUUUCAUUGCAGCCCACAACAUCAUCUUGUCACAUGCAGCUGCUGUUGAUGUUUACAGAACCAAAUACCAGAAACAACAAGGAGGUAGCAUUGGAAUUGUCAUGAAUGCCAUCUGGUAUGAACCUAUAAGCAAUUCCUUAAAAGACAAACAAGCAGCUGAGAGAGCCCAAGCUUUCUACAUGAAUUGGUUCUUAGAUCCAAUCAUAAUGGGGAAAUAUCCUAAAGAAAUGCAAGAAAUCCUUGACUUCAAUUUGCCUUCAUUUUCAAAUCAUGACCAGGAGAAACUAAACAGUACUGGACUUGAUUUUAUUGGUAUUAAUCACUACACCUCUUUCUACACAAAAGACUGCAUGUUUUCAGUGUGUGAACAAGGACCAGGAAAUACCAAAAUAGAAGGUUUUGCCUUAAGAACAGCUACUAAAAAUGGGGUCUUCAUAGGUGAAUCAACUGCACUUGAUUGGCUAUUUGUUCAUCCUCAAGGAAUGGAGAAUAUAAUAACAUACGUAAAAGAGAGGUACAAUAACAUCCCAAUGUUCAUUACAGAAAAUGGGUUUUGUGAGAAUGACAAGUCGGAUAGCCUUACAGAAAAGACGCUCAAUGAUGUGAACAGAGUGGAAUACAUAAGUGGCUACUUGGAUGCCCUUGCAGCAGCUUUGAGGAAAGGAGCAGAUGUACGAGGGUACUUUCUGUGGUCCUUGUUGGACAAUUUUGAAUGGACAUUGGGAUUUACAAUUAGGUUUGGCCUUCACCAUGUUGAUUUCACCACUCUCAAGAGAACACCAAGAGGAUCAGCAACUUGGUACAAACAGUUCAUUGCCAACCACACUGCUGAGAAGAUUUUAAUGCCUCAACAUUAUCCAGGGAAUCAACUGGGACAACAUUUCAAUACCAUUUGAAAAACUUUGUUCAAACUUUAUCUUAUUAGAAUUGGUCCAUAACCAAUGAUCAUGGCUGCUGAUUUCUGAACCCCGAAAAUUAUUUAUUGGAAAUCUAGAGUCGGCUAUUAGUGCUAAAGAAGACAAAAAAGGGUUCUAAAUUCUGUACAAAGCAGAUUAUUUGGAGAUAAUAUGCAUCUUAUCAUCGAAGUUUUCGAA